AUGACAUCCGGGCUUACAGAGACGGAGCAUGCACGUUAUCGUGAUGCGACUUAUCCCCCCCCUUCGACUUCGUCAUUGAAUCAGGAGGCUUCCUGUGUUGUCGAUUAUCUCGUGCGAGCCACCGACGAAAAAGGAAACAAGCUGCCGGAGAAGUAUCGCAGUGACGCAACAUUAGUCACGGAGGGAGCAGGCUUCGUUACCACGGGAAGUCUUCUCGCAUGGAUCAUCUUCAGUCUCGUAUCUUAUCCAGAGAGCCAGGAGAGAUUACUACAGGAGCUAGUAGACCACGGCGUCCGGGAAGGACCGCUUUCGCCGACGAAAUCAUCUCCAGGCGGGUACCGCAGUCCAAAAGACGCCGUGGUGAUCGUCGCCAUCCAUCACAUCCACAACAACCCCAAGAUCUGGGACAACCCGGCGAAGUUCACCCCCGAUCGCUGGACCACCGACAAAGUGAAGAACCGACACAAGACUGCUCAUGUACCCUUUGCGGCCGGGCAACGGACGUGCAUCGGCUUCAGGUUCGCCCGGAUGGAAGGCCGGGUCGUCAUCUCCAUUUGCGAGAAGUUGGGCAAUGAUCCCACCGAGUACGACCGGUCGUUCCAGCUGACCAGGCCGAUGGAUUUCUACGCGAGGGCGAGAAAGCGGACGACCUAG